AUGGUGACAGUUAUUGGAAACUCCGCAGCUUUGCGUAAACGGAAAACACUCAAGAAGUCGCUCCACUUCACCGUGAUGGUGGCCGGAGAGAGCGGCUCGGGUCGGUCGACGUUCAUCAACUCUUUGUGCGACCAGUUGAUUGUCGAGCCAUCCUCGACAAUUAACCUUUAUUCGCCGGAAGAACUUUCGAACCCAGAGCGUGAUUUGCAACUGAGAAAGAGCACUGUUGAGCUGGAGGACGGCGAGGGUGUUCGGAUCAGUCUGAACCUGAUUGACACUCCUGGCUUCGGCACGAGUCUCGACAACAGCAUGUCCUUUGAAGUGAUCCAGGACUAUGUGAAGCACCAAUUUGACGAGAUUUUGAUCGAGGAGUCGAAACUGAGAAGAAACCCAAGAUUCAAGGACGGCCGAGUGCACGUUUGUUUAUAUUUCAUCACCCCAACCGGCCAUGGACUGAAAGAGCAAGACGUGGAGUUUAUUAGAAACCUUGGAGAAUUGGUGAAUGUGAUUCCUUUGAUUGCCAAAUCAGACUCGUUGACUGUUUCUGAGCUGAAACUAAACAAGAAACUCAUCAUGGAAGACAUCGAGCGGUUCAAGUUGCCGAUCUUCAACUUCAACGAGGACUUUUUCAACAACGACGAGGGAGCCGACGAGGAAACCAUCGAACUCAACAGAUAUCUGUCCAAGACCGUGCCAUUUGCCGUCAUGGGCUCCAACACCACGCACAAAGACCCUGCCACCGGCGAGACCAGAAGAGUAAGGGUGUAUCCGUGGGGGACGAUCGACGUGUUUGACAACGAGACCAGCGACUUUGUUUCGUUGAAGAACACCUUGUUGAUCACCCACCUGAGCGACUUCAAGGACUACACCCACGAGGUGCUUUAUGAGAACUAUCGGAUGAAGACUCUGGGCGAGGAAGCAGACACCAGCGAGAUCAGCAGUGCGCGGGAGCCGUCGAUCACCACGGGGGUCACCAGCGUUGCUAACGGCAGCACUGUCUCUCAGCACGGGGCUGCGGUGAACGGGCUCGACAAGGAGGAGCAGAUCCGCCAGGAGGAACAGAGAUUGCGUGCUUUCGAGGAGCGUGUUCAGCGGGACCUGAUUGCAAAGAGAGAGGAGAUCGAAGCCCGGGAGAGAGAGCUGGCCGAGAUCGAGCGGCGACUCGCGGCAGAACGGCUUCACGACUAA